UUUGGUCUCAGAGCGCGAGCGAGGAGUCCCUGCGCCUCAGUCUGAAGUGGAGCCGGAGGGAGGGAGUGAGGUGGCCGGAGUGUGAGGGACGAGAGGGGGUGAGGAGGACCCGGAGUGUGAGGGACGAGAGGGGGUGAGGAGGACCCGGAGUGUGAGGGACGAGAGGGGGUGAGGAGGACCCGGAGUGUGAGGGACGAGAGGGGGUGAGGCGGACCCGGAGUGUGAGGGACGAGAGGGGGUGAGGAGGACCCGGAGUGUGAGGGACGAGAGGGGGUGAGGAGGACCCGGAGUGUGAGGGACGAGAGGGGGUGAGGAGGACCUGGAGUGUGAGAGAGGGAGUGACCUGGUCUGGGAGAGAGGGACAGAGAGAAGGAGUGACCCGGAAUUUGAGAGAGAAAGAGGGAGGGAGGUAGUGAGUGAGAGAUCGAGUGAGGGACCCGGAGUCGAGAGACUGGGAUCGCACAGGUAUCCCGAGUGUGUGGGACUGGGAGCCGGAGUCUGAGAGAGGGGUGUCAGAGGGACCGGGACCGGAGUCACAGAGGGAGAGGCGGGGAGCCGGAGACUGAGCGGUGUGAAGGGGACCCGGAGUCCGGCCAAGCACCAUGUUCAGCUGGCUGUCCGGGCCUGAGGCCUGCGGGAAGGACUCGAUGGUGUUUGAGACGGUGUCCGACGGGCUGCGCUCCCUGUACCACAAGAGGCUCCAGCCCCUGGAGGAUUACUAUCAGUUCCAUCAGUUCCACUCGCCCUCUCUGGAGCAGGCUGACUUCGAGAACAAGCCCAUGGUGCUGCUUAUUGGGCAGUACUCGACUGGCAAGACCACCUUCAUCAGGUACCUCCUGGAACAGGAUUUUCCAGGGAUGAGAAUUGGACCUGAACCAACAACAGAUUCCUUCAUUGCUGUGAUGCAUGGAGAAGAAGAAGGCAUCAUUCCUGGCAAUGCACUUGUUGUAGAUCCCAAAAAACCCUUCCGUAAACUGAAUUCUUUUGGAAAUGCUUUCCUAAACCGGUUCAUGUGUGCUCAGCUGCCAAAUCAAGUGCUGCAAAGCAUUACUAUUAUUGACACACCUGGAAUCCUCUCCGGGGAAAAGCAACGCAUGAGCAGAGGAUACGACUUUUCAGAAGUCUUGCGAUGGUUUGCUGAAAGAGUUGAUCGCAUAAUCCUGCUGUUUGAUGCCCACAAGUUGGAUAUAUCUGAUGAGUUUUCAGAGGCUAUCAAAGCACUAAGAGGCCAAGAUGACAAAAUCAGAGUUGUUCUGAACAAAGCUGACCAAGUUGAUACACAGCAACUGAUGAGGGUGUAUGGUGCUUUGAUGUGGUCCCUUGGCAAAGUGAUUGACACCCCUGAGGUUGUUCGUGUCUACAUAGGAUCUUUCUGGUCGAAACCCCUCCAGAUUACAGAAAAUCGGAAGCUCUUUGAAAUGGAAGCAGAGGACCUCUUCAAGGAUAUUAAGACUUUACCUCGGAAUGCUGCACUACGUAAACUUAAUGACCUCAUCAAAAGAGCCAGGCUUGCAAAGGUUCAUGCCUACAUCAUCAGUUACUUAAAGAAAGAGAUGCCAGCUAUGUUUGGAAAAGAUGCCAAGAAAAGAGAAAUGAUAAGUAGACUUCCAGAGAUAUAUAUGAACCUCCAGCAGGAACAUAAUAUCUCUGCUGGUGAUUUUCCCAACGUAAACAAAAUGCAGGAAAUGCUGCAGUUAUAUGACUUCAGCAAAUUUCACAGCCUAAGACCCAAACUGCUGGAGGCAGUAGAUGAAAUGUUGGCCAAUCACAUUGCCCAACUAAUGAACUUGAUCCGGCGUGAAGAAGCAAGCCAGCCAGCACAGGAAGUGAUGGGUGGUGCGUUUGAUGGCAAUGUUAAUGGACCCUUUAAUGAAGGCUAUGGUGAAGGAGCUGAAGCAGGAAUAGAUGACAGUGAGUGGAUUGUGGCAAGGGAGAAGUCAAAAUAUGAUGAAAUUUUCUACAUGCUCUCACCAAUUAAUGGCAAAAUCAGUGGGAACAAUGCAAAGAAAGAAAUGGUCAAGUCUAAAUUGCCAAACACUGUCUUGGGGAAGAUCUGGAAACUGGCUGACUACGAUCGUGAUGGAAUGCUGGAUGAUGAGGAAUUUGCUCUGGCCUGUCACCUGAUUAGCAUAAAGCUUGAAGGUUAUGACUUGCCUGGUGAAUUACCAGUGCACCUCAUACCUCCAUCCCAAAGAAAGAAUUGAGUUUAUUUAGCAGUUUAGGCUGGAGACUAAUUGGUGAAGGGAUGGGAGAAAGAGCUGUUCAUUAAAUUCAAGGGAAGGAUGGAAAGAUGUGCAGGUUCUGCUUUUUUUUUAAAAAAAUCUAUUUUCUGUAUGUUGUAAAGCUAAGCUGGGCAUUUAAGCAUUUAUGUUAAGUCGGGUGCUUUUAACUGAGAUGUAAAAACUGGUGGUUCACAUUGCAAUUUCUAAAUCUUGCAUGUCCCCGGAGUGCAGGUUGUGUUAAAUUGAUACGAUGCUUCUCUAUAAUUUUGUUUCUGAAAUUUCCUGACUGAUUUCAGUUGUGCAGAGAUAUUUCUAUUCUUUGACUUGUGUAAGUCUGUUUUAUUUUUCCCCACUUGCCAUCUCACUGUUAUCUGGCUUGCUGGGAAAUCUGACAAGUUUGAUCUGGCUUAGUUACGUCCAAGACGGGAAGCUUUAAGCUCCUGAAAGACUGCCAGUGUGCACUGCCCCAUUGGGCCAAUGAUUGUCACAGGCUUCAUCUUUUGCAUAGAAGAAUUUAGUAGCUGCUAAUUGUUGGCAGCUGACUCUAAGUAAAACAUCUUGAUGGAGCCUUGCAAUGUAAGUUGGAAAUACAAGACAAUGUAGGCUACAAAGAAAAAUGCUAAAAAGAAAGAUGUGCUCAAAUGCCUCAUCACAUAUGACUGAUCUGUUAAAAGCAGAUGCCCUUCCUCAUUUUUCUUGUCAUUGCACUUCACAAUUGUUUUGGACAUUGCAAGUGAUCUGAUCUUGUGUUAAAGGAUGAUGCCCUAUGGGGACGUGCAAGCUCAUGGUAAGAAGGGUAAAUUUUGAGGUAUAUCUGUUAUUCAAAACAAUAACAGCAGAUUGCAUUUGUAGUGUGAUUUUAACACAGAGUUCUCAAAUUAGUUUCAAGAAGGAUAUAUUGUGAAAAAUAAGUUACACUUCUAAGUUGAAAUUGACAGUGCAGGUAUGAAACACCAGAUAAUGUAACCGGGGAAAUGAUGUAUGCUGAUAAAUUUGAAGUUGUAUCAUAUGAUGGCUUUCCUGAAAAGUAGCUUGAUCUGUGUGAUCACACAUGCAUUCUUUGCUCGUAUUUGGAAUAACUGUCCUGAAAAUCCAAAUUAACCUGGAAAAUCUUUUAUUGACUUUAUUGGCUAAUUGAUCUUUAUUGGAUAAGCUCAGUGCUUCGGGAGGGUGAAGAAUAUUUAUGAAACUAUGUUGCCUUUUGAAACAUAUCAAAAUCAAUGUAUCAAUUGUGUGAUGAAAAACUAACUUGAAAUGUUGGCAUGUUGACUUUUUUAUAAAAUUGUCAACUGAAUACGGAAUAUAUAUAUAUAUGUUUGUGCUACUAACAUUUCUCUAUCACUAUUAUUUCGGUGCACAUUUGAAUAAUGUACAGAAUCAGUCAAGUGUAAAUUUGUUUCUUGAUCUUCUGUACUUUCUUAACAGGGUGAAGUUCUGAAGAUCGUAAUUUGAGAGCUGAUUAUUUUGGUUAAUAUUCUUUUGCAAACCUCCUCGCAUCCAGGAAUUUUAGGAAGAGUUCAAUUUUUAAACUCAGCAGGCUUCAGUGCAGUACAGGGAAAAACCUGAUUUAGGUUAGUUUUAUUCAGUACUGAUGAUAUGAAUGCAAGUUUUCGCAGAAACUUUGUUUCAAUUUAUGAAGUAUAAAUGACUUAAGCAUAUUUCUAUUUUCAUAGACCUAUUAAAGUUUCAGGACAAUAUAUAAAAUACUGAACAUGGAAACUGUGCUGGCAUUACCACUAAAUUGUCAGUAAAAUCUUAGAAGAUGUUGAUUGGAACACCCCUAGAAUUGAUGCACCUUUUUCACCUUGGCAUCCUUAAAGCUAUGACUGGGAGAAGCCAGCUGAUUACAGCUGUAGAAAGAGGAUUUGAGCUGUUGCAAAUGACCUCACACAGCUAGUGAAAAGCAAAGCAUCCAUGUUCCCACAGAUCUGACUCCUAAACUUAUUAUACCUGGAUCCAAAGCUUUGUUUCUUGGCAGUAUUAGUAAUUUGUGGCAAAGCUGCAAACCUGCCUGUUUCCUUAACUGGGGGUGUCUAAAUUAUAAGUGGGAUACAUUAAAUGUAAUUCAUGACAUUUGUCUGCCUGUGUAUUCCAAAAGUUGUUUUUGUUUUGGAUUUUUUUUAACUAGAAUUUCACUCUAUAUUGCAACUGUGUCAACUAGCAUCACUGUCCACAAAAGAAGUGUAAUUGCUGUGUGAACUACCCCAGCCAUUCAGAAUGAUUCCAUUCACUAGUUAUAAAGAGUGUGCAUUUCUGUUGUAUAAUUGCCAAUCAUUUUAAAUGUCUGUUCCAAACAGCACACUGUAAUAGCUUGGAGCUGAAAUGUUACACCCUUAUUAAAAUGAGGACAUUAAGAGGACUUUUGGCAAAGAGUAAACUGAGUCAAAUGGUGACUGCCACUUGCAGGCUGUUUAAUAAAAUGUUACCUGCAUUACCUGAAUGUCCUGUAGAUGUUUUCUGGACAGUGUUACAAGCAUUAGUUGUCUUUAAAGACACUGUGUUUGUAUAUUACUUGAUUAAUGCAUUUCUAGUUAGAAGAAUAGCAGCCAUGAAUCCAAAGAAUUGAAUAUACAUUUAAAAACAAAUUCUGGGAAAUAACAGGAGAUUGCAUUGAAUUUUCAGUAUAGGUCCCCCUGUAUCUGAAGACAAUUGGAAUGGAAUCUAUUUCAAAUCCUGGCUGAGAACACAGAGCUCUGGGUCUUGAUUAUUCCUGAUCUUUAACAGGCUAGAUGCUGACAUUGUUCAAGCUAUUCUUUUGAUCCAUUUUCCAAAGUGAAGAAAUGAAUAAGGUUUUUAAAUAAUCUUUGUAUGCUUUCCAUGAAAAUAUAAUUUUGACUGGAAAAUAUUCUAUAUUAAUGGAAUAGAUCCAUUCUACAAUGAGCCAGCAUCUUUAAUAUUGUAGUUUUCCUUCCAAUUAUACAAGAUAUUUCAUAGUUUCUUUCAGUAUAAUACUGUGAAAUAGUACCUUCUGCAAUGUGGAUGUUGGUGGUGUGGAGGCUGUAAGAAUGUUGGUUGUGAGGUUUCAAAUGAAGAAUGAGCCUGAGGUGGGCGGUUCAUUGAAUUUCCAAGUUCAACUGUCCUUGCUGUCCAUUGAAAGUCGCCGCUAUAAAACAAAGCCUCCUCUGUCAAUGUAGUUUUGUAACUUAAGAGUAUGUCACUAGAUAAUUUUGGAGCAAAACUUGCUAUAGAUAUGAUGGGAUAUGGGGGUUAACCUCAGUGACUGUGGUUGUUAAUUUAUAAUCUUGUGUCAGAUAUCAAUAAGAAAAUAAAUGUGCUACUGUUGAUGAGAUAAGAAUAAGCUCUUGAAUAUAGUAAUAAAUAAAACCACAUUUUUUCUUUAGAAAGUACAUGAAAUUAUACUAGGAGGGCUGUAGCAAAGCAAAAAAUGAACAGUAUACAGACAUCAAAGCUGUUUGGAUACCUAGUUUUAAGUAUGUUUUAGUAACAUUUGCUGCUUCUGUAUUUUUGUUGCCUGUACAGGUGAUGUUCCUGGCAAUGCCCCUUACUUUAACAUUCUCAAAUUUAUAUUAAUUUAUGUGCCAUAUAAUGGGUUGUCCAUCAUUAAUAUUGCCUGCAAAUUCAAAGAAUACUUGAAGAUUUGCAUUAUUAGGGAUUUCACUUGAUACCCUAGUACAUCUCUAUUUAAAAUACUGUUGCAUUUGUUUAUAUUGUUAAUUACUUUUGUUUUCAGCAUUUUAUCUAAACCUUAAGUAUCCUCCUGCAUGUUCUACCUCAAAAAAUGUCCUCUUUGCAUCACACCAGUUGCUUGAGUCUGUAUUUUAUCAGAAGAUUUUCAUGCCACUAUAUUUUGUUUAGAUCGAAUAGAGCUUGUCUUCCUGCUUGAGAUGGUGUAGUUCACCAACUUGUUUUAAUGGAUGCUGUCAUUUUGAUUUUUUUUCAGGGACCAUCACAGUGAUUAAAUUCAAUUAUUUUUUAUGUAUUGUUCCUUGAGACUAAUCCAAAGGUCUGAAUGUACCAUAAAACUAAGUUUUCUAUUUUAGUGCCAUAUUUUUUAGAUAAGUUUGCAUUUCUAUAAAAUGUAAAUGAUUAAAUUAUCUUUAAUACAA